UUUCAUUUCUUUUAGUCUAAGUCAUUUUGUAAACCAUCUCAGCAUGGGCGACGCAUCAACAUCUGAAAACAUCAACGGACAGAAUAGGCUUGAUCACAAUGGUCUUCCCCUGCGCAUCCUCACCCACAAUAUUCGCUAUGCAAACGAGAACCCUGACAGACAUGAACGGAAAUGGCCAGAGCGCUUCUCCCAUCUAUCGAGCCACUUCAAAUAUCACACGCGCCAACACUUCUCACCGCCAUCGACGAUAGUUUGCAUGCAGGAAGUCCUGCAUGUACAACUUCAAGACCUGAUGCGGCACACUUUCAACUCCUCACAUCCCGCUGAUUGGGCCUCGGUCGGCGUGGGUCGUGAUGACGGUGCAACGAAAGGCGAAUACAGUCCUAUCAUCUUCAGGCAGAGUGCGUGGCAGUGCAUUCAUUCCGAAACAGUAUGGCUAAACGAGACGGGCGAAGUUGGCAAAAAAGGUUGGGAUGCAUCAAGCAUUCGGAUUCUGACCUGUGCUACCCUCAAAUCCCGAGUCGAUCCAUCAGCCCCAACUGGUUCGCCAGCCAACAAGACGAUCCUCGCCAUGAACACACAUCUGGAUGACCAGGGAGAAGUCUCCCGUCGUGAAUCUGCAAAACUGAUCUUGAGACACACUGAGCGAUGGCAAGCUCAGUACUCGCCAGAUUUCACCUUCUUGACAGGGGAUCUCAAUAGCAGACCGAGUGGGGACGCAUACCAUAUUCUCAAUGCUCCGGGGUCUGGGCUUGUAGAUACACGAAAGCUAAUCCCUGAUGACAACAACAAUGGCACAAUCUACGCGUAUGGCAACGAAAGGACGUUCACAGGGUUCAAAGGCGAUCCAGGAGCCGGUGGAAAGCACCGAAUUGAUUUCGUUCAUUUGGGUAUCUCAAAACAGGUGGACGAGAAAGCGGUCGAUUUGGAGAAGGUGAGGGAAAUGAUCCAAGCAUAUGGAGUUUUGCCCAAUCGCUUCGAUGAUCAGGUCUGGAUGAGUGAUCAUCGGGCCGUCGUUGUCGACCUAUUAGUCUGAUUUCGGGUUCUUUGAACUCUGUAGAGGAAUGGGCUGGAUGUACUGCGUUAUCCGAGGAUACAAUUUCAAAGGCUAGAGCAUGAGAAUGACCAGCGCGGCUCAAUAAUGA